GGAUCGGCAUGGCCUCGCCGUCGUCGUUUGGGAACAGGCGGCGGGAUCGUCUGAGCGACCUCCCCGAGUUCUUGCUCGGACACGUCCUCUCCUUCCUCCCCAAUAAGCAGGCCGGGCGCACGGCGCUGCUGUCCCGCCGAUGGCGCCACGCCUUCUCCAACGUCCACACCGUCUCCUUCGCCGAGCGCCCGGGCGCGAGGGCCAACGACUGGACCACCUUCUACUACGAGGCCAAAGAGAAGAAGAGCUGCAGCGCCGCUCUCCUCGACGACGUCUGGUCGGCGCUGCUCUGCCGCCGCCGCUGCGCCGGCACCCACGCGCCGCUGCGCAGCUUCCAGGUCGCCUUCGACAGCUGCAUAGGCUGGGACCGCUGCCACGUUGACCAGUGGCUCUCCUACGUGCUGCGCUACAGCAUCCAGGAGCUCAACCUCGACUUGCGCUUCCGCCUCGGCCCGAUCUGCUCGCACCGCAGUGGCGAAGACAUGGAGUGGCGGAGGCGGGGUGGCUGGUAUGACCCGCCAAGAUACCUCUUCUCUUGCACGGCCAUGCGCUCGCUCCGCCUUGCCUACUGUGGGCUCAAUCUACCGGCGACCAUCGACCUGCCAUUCGUGCACACGCUGCGCCUCACCGGCGUCGGAGGAGGUUCCGGGGGCAGCAUCAACCGGCUGAUCGCAAGCUGCCCCCGCCUCCUUGACCUCACGCUGGAAGCCUGCAGUGGUCUUGACAAGGUCUUCGUUCUCGACAGACGCCUCCGCCGGUUCGCCCUCCUGUGCUGCCACGGCGUGGAGACCGUCGACAUCGACGCGUCGGAGCUCAGGUCGCUCGACUACUGUGGCACUCCGCCCCCCGAGUCUCUCCUGUUUCUCCGCGGUGCACCGGAGAUCAUCCCGGAGUGCACGGUCGACUUCUGCAAAGUCCUCCCCGAGGAGGCGGAGCAUGCUAGGGUCGCAAGGUUUCUCGAGAAAAUUUCCGGCGCUAAGCGGCUGCAUCUCCACCAUCAAUGCCUCGCGCCAAAAACCUUCGAGGGCUUUCCUUGGUUUCCCAACAUGACGCGGCUGGUGCUCCAGGGCCCCCUUCGGAGCCUCGACAUGGUGCGUGCCAUCUUGGAGCAGACACCUAACUUGGAGAUUCUCACGCUGCUCAUGGACGUAUCUGUCGUCGUUCCCGAUGAGGAGGUUCCUGAUGAUGCGAGCUUCUCGGUCCCGUGCUUGCGGCAUCGGGUGAGGGAGAUCAACAUGGUCCAUUACCAGGGUGACCUGCUGCAGAGGAUGAUGGCCAGGCUCUUGCUCGGCAAUGCGCUGGGUCUUGAGAGGCUGUGCGUCGUCCUCCCCAGGGGGUCAUUCCAGUUGCAAGCUGGUAUGAAGAGCGAGAUCGAAAGCUUGGUCGUGGCCGCCGAUGUGGAGAAGAUUUUCCUCUGAACGAUUUGUUAGUUUUUGUCCAUGAAGCCAUCUGAAAAUAUAUUUUCCACUGUUCUCAAAAAAAAAAAAAUUAUAUUUUCCACUGUAGCUAUAAAA